AGGAUUGCAAAGCUGUUAAAAGGCGUGAGAAAUACAAGAGAGAGGUUAAUGUUCGUCCGUGUUUACAUUUACAUACGAAUGUAGUGACUUAAAGCAGCAGAACCGGAAAAAACCUUUUAUUAUCUUUUGUAUGCAUCUUAAUGAUACGAAAUUACCUGCAAUUUGUAAGGAUUUUUGAGGUCUGUUUUUGCUUUUUGCAAGCCACUUUCCACUCUACUGAGCUAACUCUCAUUAAUUAUAGAUAGGAAUAUAAACCUACAUCCCCUGGAGCCAGAUGGCCCUUAGGUGGAGCUUCUUUGCACAGUGUUCAGCAUGACUACAAGGGCACACUGGUCUUUCUGUGCCAUUUAUAAAUUUGGCUAUUUCUCUUUUUUUUACAGUAGAUUAUACAAAUACCAGUUGAACUUGUAAAGGAUAAGAGUGCUUUCAUAUGAGGAUGUCAUAUUGUAGUUAAAUAUGUGUUCAUGUUGCUUAGCAUCAGGUUUCAAAUAGUUACUUAUGAGUUAAUAGUCAUGGUGUACUUGGAACAAACUAUUGAAAAUAUCUCCAAGUUUAAAUAGACAAAUCAAGAUAUGAAAUUAGCCUUUCUAAACUUGAGGGUAAAAAGAAAUCACUUGACCAAUCACAACUAGCGCGCGUUUUUUCAAAACGUUGAUCAAAGCUAGUUUCAGGCGCCAACGUUUUUUUAAAAAUUAAGUAAGACACGUUAUCCUAGUAGCUAGGUAAAAUUUUGCAGAGGAAAAUCAAAGUACGUUUUAAAAAAAAGCCAGAAAGAUGGCACAGAGGGGAAAGGGUUGAAAACACCAGUAGUUAAAGGAGACGGACGGAGGAAAGUUUUAAUAUUUGGUCUACAGGCAGGAGGUGUUCUGUCAGGGAGUGGACAUCUUCACCAAUGGAGCUGCAGGGGAAAGGCUGCCUGGUCCAAUCAGAACAGGGUUGCCUUUAUAUAUACGGGUAGAAAACCCUAGGCUUUCGGUUUUUCGUCAUUUAGCAGGGCUUAGAAGUUCGCAAUGGCUCGUACCAAGCAGACAGCUCGCAAGUCCACGGGUGGGAAGGCGCCACGCAAGCAGCUGGCCACCAAGGCUGCUCGAAAGAGCGCUCCAGCCACCGGUGGUGUGAAGAAGCCCCACCGCUACCGGCCUGGCACCGUGGCUCUGCGCGAGAUCCGCCGCUACCAGAAGUCGACCGAGCUGCUGAUUCGCAAACUGCCAUUCCAGCGUUUGGUCCGUGAGAUCGCGCAAGAUUUCAAGACCGAUCUGCGCUUCCAGAGCUCGGCGGUGAUGGCGCUGCAGGAGGCCUGCGAGGCCUACCUGGUGGGGCUCUUUGAGGACACCAACCUAUGCGCCAUUCACGCCAAGCGAGUGACUAUCAUGCCCAAGGACAUCCAGCUUGCUCGCCGCAUUCGUGGGGAGAGAGCGUAAAUUGUGUUGUGAAUGUGUGCUAACCAAAACCCAAAGGCUCUUUUCAGAGCCAACCACCUUUUCUAUGAAAGUUGCUGUGUACUGUU